AUGCAUCCGCAGCGGUGGGAUGUGCACCCCAGUCCCCGGAGCAGCCGGGGGGCUGCGGGGAGGCCUCGGCGGUGCGGGCGAGCCUGCUCGGGAGGUGGCGGGGAUGCUGCGGGGCUGAUUAUUCACAGCUUCCCUCGCCCCGAUUGGCUCUGCUGCCGCGCACAGCCGGGCCCCGCCGCAGGAGGAGACUCCGUGGCCAUAAAAGCGGGGUGGGAGCCAGCGGGCAGCGAGUCCGGUGGACAAUCCGGGCAGCAUCUUGGAGCCACCCGCCAGUGUGGCUUUGCCACCGAUGACUGGCUCAGCCUGAUGCGCAUAGAGGGACACCCAUCACCUACAACCCGUCCUGACUUGGCGAAGCGGGUGCUCGGCGGGACGGGGAGCAGCGGCAGGCAGCGUCUGCAGGGCGAGAUGGCAAGGUGGGCACUGGCACUGGCACUCUGCCUGUCCCUGUCCGUGGUGGCAUCUGCUGACUGUGUCACCCAGUGCUCCCUCUGCGCAGCCCAGACCCGCGGUGCCGAGAGCAGUGUCCAGCCCCUGAUGUGCCUGUGGGAAUGCCAGGGCUCCAUGCCACCCGGCCCCGAGUGGGAGAUGUGCAGGAAGGCGCUGACGCUCCUGGCCCCGCUGGUGGCCCUGGCYGAAGGGACAGAGCCGUCCCCACGGGAGGCAGAGGAGGAUGAGGCGGAGCCGGAGCAGGACCCGGGCCCUGCRGAGCUGCCGCUGGCGCCGGCCAAGCGCUACGGGGGCUUCAUGAAGAUGAUGUCCAAGGCGAAGCUGCUGUCCCUGCUCCGCGAGAACGCUCACAGCAAGGGCGGCCUCAGCAAGAAAUUCGGGAGCUUCAGCCGCAAGCCGGGGGAGCGAGCGGCUCCCGAGGACUACCCGGGGCCGGCAGGUGACGGCGACGAGGAGCCCACGGGGGCCACGGGCGAGGGGCAGGAGCUGCACAAGCGCUACGGCGGCUUCAUGCGGCGCAUCCGGCCCAAGCUCAAGUGGGACAAUCAGAAGCGCUACGGGGGCUUCCUGCGGCGGCAGUUCAAGGUGAUCACUCGGUCGGACGAGGACCCCAGCGCCUACUCAGGGGAGGUCUCGGACCUAUAGAGCCAGGCGUGGGGUGGCAGCGCCACGGUCCCCGCGCUGCCAUCGCCCCCAGCCCUGUCCCCUGCCCAGCCCGGUGCGGCUGCUGUCACCCCUGCCUCAUUCCCCCAGGGGACCGUGGGUCCCAUCCCCAGCUGUCCCUCUCUGGUUCAGCUGCCCAUCCUGUGCAAGGAGGGGACAGUGCCACCUCUCCGGCUGCCGGCGGUGUGGCUGCGGCCCAGCCCAGGAUUCCCAGGGGUGGAUUGCUGGGGACACACACAGAUCCUCCAUCCUCCCGUGGCUGCCAAAGCACAGCAGGGUGCGGAAACCACCGCAGCUGAGGUACAGGGCAGUGAGCACURGGGAGAAUGAGCCAGGGCAGGAUCAGGGAGGGGCUCCCGUGGCCAUGGGCAGAGGUGGCUGGUGGAACCACAGCACCAUCACCAGGUGCUCAAGCGGUGCUGAGCCCAGUCCCCUCUCCCCUCCCCGAGCCUCUCACAGUGUCCCACUAAUCCCAAAACUYACCUGGUGCCCCUGGGUUCCCCCUCCAAGAACGACUCCUGAGGCAGGGUCAGCCCCAUGCCCGACCCCCAACUCUCCCCYCGCAGUCAAUAAAAGGCAG